UUUAUUUCAAAAGGACAAAUCUCCAGGUUAGACCAGACAAACAUACUUCAAGGAGAGAUACUUAGGUAACCUAUGGUAAUUUCAUCCAAAACAAAACUCUGACCCACAGGCAAAACUAAUAAUGAGGGUGAGUUGGGGCAUGUGACUUGAGAUAUUCCUCUUUAUAGUGCGUGGUCGCUAGUCCUAUCGGCCUAUUUGCUCUGGGAAGUGAAUGACCGCAGAUCACUAGCCUUCGCUACACCUGCAUUUUUUCGACUUGCGCGCCAGGAGAGGUAAGGAACGGAACAAAAGGCUAUCUGUCCCGGGCCAGCAGGUUGAUACUGCGCUCAGGUACUGUAACAUGAGACUGAACCACGUGACCCAGGGUGAUUUGAACAGUAGAAAAAAAACCUGAAACCAACAGGUAGUCUAGUCGUCUACGUCGUAGAGGCGCUCUUCGUGUCGAAGGAAGGAUAAUCCAACACUGCGAUUCAACAGCUUAUUUUUUUUAAUCGAAAUCAGCGUAGGCCUAUUUGGAUUUCAAAACGGGACUAUGUCAGUCUUCUAUCAGGACUACCCUUUUCACGGUUUCGCAAAGUGCGACGGAACAACAUGCUUCAUGGUUGUGAUGAAUUAACGCCACUGCUGUAUUUCCUGUCUCUCGGAUCACCUGGAAGCAGCAGGAAUUGAAAGAUCCCACUGUGAAUAUGGGGCUGGAGGAUAUGGGCCCGAGGAGAUGACCUGGGUCUCUCAUUGCCCCGCUACCCAGUCUCUGCACUCCUGUACACGGGGAGGGAUGGCAGAAGUCCUGGGUAUUCUGGCCAGGCCUGGUCUACUGGCUGGUGCUGUCUUAGUUCUGGUUUUGGGCAGUAAUCCUGUUUUGGGUGUUAAUGCCACAACGACAAAGGCCCCCGCUAGAAAUGUCACAGGCGGGAAUGAAGACCAGGAACUCGACAUUUUGCCCAUCGUACUCCCCAUUGUUGUGCUGGGCGCCCUGGCCAUAGCGCUGGCGGUUGUCUUCUGGCUCCUCUGCGUGGUCAAGAAGAAGAGACAGACGGAGGGGACUUACAGACCCAGUGCCGAGGAGCAGUCGGGAUCACACGGCGUGGAGAUGCCAGACGCUCUCAAAUUACCCAAGGAAGAAAGACUUAUUUGACCUCUCUGAGAGCCUACUACUGCUAUACUCCGUCGGGACGAGAAGGUGGUGGGAACGUGAACGGGAGCAUUCGGAUACACGUGUUGUACCAAAGAUUGCCGGCUUCAGAAGGAUGCUAGACGUGCUCUAGCGGUUGUGGGACCAUGUCCCAGCACAGGUUGGAGGUAUCACCUCCACUGAGGAUUCCUCGACUGAGGAUUCCAAAGAAAUUCCUCUAUUUCUUUGAAGCACAAUGACAGCAAGGAAGUGAUUGUGAGCUGCCUGAUCAAGGCAGUGUAUUUCAAUGGAGUACUUCUGAAGUGGAUGAACUAGGAGCUGCAAUAGCCUUUGAUCAAACGGAAUGAAAACCUUUCAUCGAUGCUUUAGCUGCCUUCCUAUCGAUUAUCAGGUUACAGUAGGGCUUGAUUGUUUCUUCUUACAAGCUGCUAUUGUUAAGUCAGAAAAUACUAAAAGAAUAUGAAGAAAAUAUGGUAGAUGUUCAUGCUACUGUAAGGUACAGUAGAUUAUGAUAAUUUGUGAAUUUAAUUUGAUUUCUUACUUUUGAUUUUGUUCUUUAACCUCAAACACAUUUCAGAGGCCUGUUCGGUCCAUAUACUUUCAUACAAAUGUAUUCUAUCAUGCUAUUUAUUCACACCCCGGCUCCAUCAAUAUGCUUUCUGACUAAUCAAGUUCACGCUAAUUAAACAAUUGAAGCAACUUGAAUAGCUUUAACUGGAGAAGGAGUGAAUGUUUCCCAGAAAAUGUUGUUGAAAUUUAAAUCUAUUUAUAUUUUUUAUCCUAAACAAAUUUCAAGUUUAUUUAAACAAUUUCAUGUCUUAAGUCCAAUUAACCACUAAAUAUUUUACUGUGAUCAUGAAAUGUCAGUUCUUUUAAUAAAAGUGACUAAUAAUA